UCCUUCCUUCUUUUCCUCUGCUUUGCUUUGCUUUCCAGGCUGUGCAGAGUGGGCAGGCCCCUCCAUCUCUCCAUCCCGGGGACCCCCACCCUCUUUCUUUCUUUCUUUCUUUCUUUCUUUUUCUCUUUCUUUCCUUCCUUCCUUCCAUGAUGUCCUUGGCUCUCUUGUUCUGCUGCUGCUGCGGGUGCUGCCUCUUGGGGGGCUCUGCCGGGACGGGGUUCCUCUACCAGUUCCCGGCCCACGGAUAUGGCGAGCAGGCAGCCCCCUCCCCACCCGCAGCCUCCCCAGGGGGGCACGUCGGCCCAGGACGGCACUGGUGCCACUACACGGUCUCCCGGGUGGUGUCCUGCCAGGUCCAGAACGGCUCCGAGACGGUCAUCCAGAGGGUCUACCAGAGCUGCCGCUGGCCAGGACCUUGUGCCAACUUGGUCAGUUACAGGACUCUCAUCAGGCCCACGUACAAGAUCUCGUACAGAACGGCCACGGCCCUCGAGUGGCGAUGCUGCCCUGGCUUCACAGGAAGCAACUGCGAGGAAGAAUGUAUGAAUUGCACAAAACUCACAGAUAUGACGGAGAGGCUGAACACCCUCGAAGCAAAGAUCCUCCUGCUUGAGACUGCGGAGAGAGCUCCACCGUCGGGGAACGACCUUCCCAUGGCAAGGACGACAGCCACAUGGUACGGCGAUUUGGUGCCGGACGCCAUUCCUCUGGUCAACCCGGGGACCGUGCUGAGGAAACCCGUGGGACCUGUUGGGAUCCCAGGACUGGUGGGGAAGCCCGGGCCUCGAGGCCCCAAAGGCGAGAAAGGAGAGAAUGGCGAGAGAGGGCCGUCCGGAGCGCCAGGUUUGCUGGGACCUCCAGGACCAAGGGGAUAUCCGGGCGAGACGGGGCUGCCAGGACCCCCGGGGCCUCCGGGUCCACCGGGCCAAGCCGCGUCUCCCAGCCUGCCUUUGACCUUCCAGCAGGGAGUCCUGUACUCGCUCCAGCCCAACGCGGAGAAAGAAAAUGGCGAGCCUCAGCUGGCGUCCACCGUCAUCGACACCAUCCUGGCUGGUCUGCCAGGGCCUCGGGGCGCCCCGGGCCCCAUUGGACUGCCAGGCCCACCGGGAUCUUCGGGACCCAAAGGGGCGCCAGGACCCGUCGGACCCCCUGGGCUCCAGGGCAUCCCUGGUUCUGCUGGACAACCUGGCUCCAAAGGAUCCAAAGGAGACCGAGGCGAAAGGGGGCAAGUGGGUCCGAUUGGCGAAAGAGGACUUAAGGGACUCCCUGGCGAACCUGGCAAGAAAGGCGAAGAAGGAGAGAAAGGCACCGACGGAGAAGGCGUCCAGCAACUUCGGGAGGCCCUGAAGAUUUUAGCCGAGCGAGUGUUGAUUUUAGAGCACAUGAUCGGCAUCCAUGAUGCUUUGUCUCCCAUUGAACCAGGCUCCGGGCAAGAGGGGCUCCUGGGGUCCCCGCUGCGAGCGAACGCCAAGAUCAAGCGGCGCCAGCUGAGCCAGCUCCUCUCUUCCCUGGCGGAGGACGGCGGGGGCCACGGGAAGAACCGCGGGAGGAACCCUCCUUUUGCUCGCAGGCCCAACAGUGAAGGCUGGAGAGACUGAAAACUCUGCUUCAUCCUGGCCGAGAUCCCUGCAGUCAGAAGGAUGGAACGCAUGCCGGAUUGCCCUCUUUCAAAAAGACAUAUUUACACGUAAUAUGCCUCCUGUCUCUCUCUCUCUGUUUCGUCCUUCUCAGGCAGCCAUCAUCCAGGUCCAGUAACACAGAGAUUUUUUUUAGUAUAAUUAUUAAGGUACCAGUAUGGUGUCUCGGAAAGCUGUUAAAGCUACCGGCGUGUCCGUCCUUUCUUCCAGAACAUUUCCGCUUGUCGGAUGGGGAGCUCUGUCCCCGCAGUGUGUCUGAUGUUGGAUCUGUUUUUAUAUUCCUGAGAUGGUGUAAGAUUCAGCCACAAGGGGGUGCUGUUGCUCCAUUCUCUAUGACGAAGAGCCAUCAGGACUUCCUCCUUCCUCCUUCCUUUUUGGUCGCCGGCAUUUCUGGUCUUGUUCUUUAUGGUGUGGUAAAAUGCCUCCUCCACAAUGUGUGGUACCUAAUUUCUCUACUUACAGCUUAUAAGCUGUUUUCGAACUGUUUAGGUACAUAGUGAGCUGAGCUUGAGGUCGAGUGCUCACCCUGACCAGGCUUUGAACUGGUCACCUUUCAAUUGGUAGGCCAACUGCUUAGGUAAACAGUGUGCUGGGCUUGACAGUCAGGUGCUCACCCCAACCAGGCUUCGAACUCUUAAGUAAACAGUGUGCUGGGCUUGACAGUCAGGUGCUCACCCCAACCAGGCUUCGAACUCUUAAGUAAACAGUGUGCUGGGCUUGACAGUCAGGUGCUCACCCCAACCAGGCUUCGAAUUGCUUAGGUAAACAUGAGCUGGGCUUGACGGUCAGGUGCUCACCCCAACCAGGCUUCGAAAUGCUUAGGUAAACAUGAGCUGGGCUUGACGGUCAGGUGCUCACCCCAACCAGGCUUCAAACUGCUUAGGUAAACAUGAGCUGGGCUUGACGGUCAGGUGCUCACCCCAACCAGGCUUCGAAAUGCUUAGGUAAACAUGAGCUGGGCUUGACGGUCAGGUGCUCACCCCAACCAGGCUUCAAACUGCUUAGGUAAACAUGAGCUGGGCUUGACGGUCAGGUGCUCACCCCAACCAGGCUUCGAACUCUUAAGUAAACAGUGUGCUGGGCUUGACAGUCAGGUGCUCACCCCAACCAGGCUUCGAAAUGCUUAGGUAAACAUGAGCUGGGCUUGACGGUCAGGUGCUCACCCCAACCAGGCUUCGAAAUGCUUAGGUAAACAUGAGCUGGGCUUGACGGUCGGGUGUUCACCCUGACCAGGCUUCGAACUGCUUAGGUAAACAUGAGCUGGGCUUGACGGUCGGGUGUUCACCCCGACCGGGCGUUGAACUAGCCACUUUUCAGUUGGUCGAUCUUAUUACUGCUGGCAAUUUUCGAGCUGUGCUACAGCCCAGCUGAAGUCCAAAACUACACCCAGACAGUAAAGCAAGGAUUUCUGGAUGCCCCAAAAAACAAGCUACAUAUGAAUACAUCCUUCACUGCCUUUCUAAGGUUAUAUAUAGGUUUGGUUGGCAAAGGAGAAACUGGCUAGGAAUAAUGUGCAAUCUUUAGGCGAAUUGUCUGCUCAGUUCUUCUCCAGCCCAUCCCUCUUGUCUUCUGUUAUCCUUUCUCACCCAGCCCUCCACUAUAGCCGGGAUUUCCCUUCAUGGACGUGCCAUAUUGGGAGGGACAGGGUCUAAUGAAGAGGGAGCAGACGUCAGGUCACGUUAUAGGGAUUUUCUCCCACCUCUUCCUCCUUGCAGCUUACGGGUCUCUUUCUCCUCCUUUCCGACUGUGUAAAAGAGAAGCCAUCCCGUCCCUGGAGUCCCCAGACCGCUUCUUGCUGAUGAAAUUGCAGAACGCUCUUCUCUUUGCUUCGAUCCGGCGUGCGCCAUUCCCCACUCGACUCUUCUCUUUUCAGGGUGACUCCAAUACCAGCAGCUUGUAUCAAAAAACUGCAAAGCACAUUGUGGGAAGACAUUUGAGUCAAAUAACAUUAGUUAGUCAAAACAGUAUAGAUAUAUAAAUAUUAUAUAUAUAUAUAUAUAUAAUUUAUACCCACCUCUUCUUUUCUUAUUUUGGAACAUUUACUUGCGUCCCAAGCUUCUCUGGGGUGUUACAGGCUUUUUGCCCUUACAUCUGCAAGGGCAAUGGCUUCCAAAUCAGCAUCACCCUGAUUCAGUUUCAAUUGCCACUAGUCAGAAUCCUGUAUGGGAAAUAAACAUAAGUGAAUCUCAGCCCAAACUGUUUGGGUAGCAGCUGCUUCAAAAUAAAGGAAUCUGUUUUCCGGUCAUUCGGGAAGCAGCUGCUUCAAAAUACAGGAAUCUAUUUUCCUGUUGUUCAGGAAGAAGCCUGAAUUCAGGACCGGUUCCCCUGUAAUUCAGGAAGCAGCUGUCUCAAAAUACCGAAAUCUAUUUUCCUGUCAUUUGGGAAGCAACUGCUUCAAAAUACAGGAAUUUGUUUUCCUGUUGUUCAGGAAGCAGCUGCUUCAAAAUACAGGGAUCUGUUUCCCGUUGUUCAGGAAGAAGCCUCUUCAAAAUACAGGGAUCUGUUCCCCUGUAAUUCUGGAAGCAGUUGCUUCAGAAUACAGAAAUGUAUUUUCCUGUCCUUUGGGAAGCAUCUGCUUCAAAAUACAGGAAUUUGUUUUCCUGUUGUUCAGGAAGCAGCUGCUUCAAAAUACAGGGAUCUGUUUCCUGUUGUUCAGGAAGAAGCCUCUUCAAAAUACAAGGAUCUGUUCCCCUGUAAUUCUGGAAGCAGUUGCUUCAGAAUACAGAAAUGUAUUUUCCUGUCCUUUGGGAAGCAGCUGCUUCAAAAUACAGGAAUCUGUUUUCCUGUUGUUCAGGAAGCAGCUGCUUCAAAGUACAGGGAUCUGUUUCCUGUUGUUCAGGAAGAAGCCUCUUCAAAAUACAAGGAUCUGUUCCCCUGUAAUUCUGGAAGCAGUUGCUUCAGAAUACAGAAAUGUAUUUUCCUGUCCUUUGGGAAGCAGCUGCUUCAAAAUACAGGAAUCUGUUCCCCUGUCGUUUGGGAAGCAGCUGCUUCAAAAUACAGGAAUCUGGGCUACACAGGGAUCCUGGAUACGCAACGGUCACGGGUGCAUGACUCCAGGUCACACAUUCAUAAGUGCCUUUAAGAGGAUUCUAGCCAUUGUGAAUAAAGUCUAAACGGAUGAGAUGUGUUGAUUUAAUCCAGGUCAAGAAAGGUGAAUCCUGAACGGACUUCACGCAGGCUUCUUGGCAAACAGAUGAUGGGCCCAGGAGUCCGAUUCAGCCUCCGAAGUACCAGGCUGGAUGAGGGUAAAGGAAUCCAGAUUUCUUCUGCUUCCAGGUUGUGUGUUGUGAGUUUUCCGGCUCACAAGAGCCAGCCGUUCGCUUACUGUAUAUGGAACGUUUUGUCCUCCCGACGGACGGGUGGUUGUUGCUGUUGUUGUUGUUUUCCUUCAGAGCGGGGACAGAUAUUAACGGCCCCGCUGAUCCCAAAGUCCUGCCUAUUUAAUGCACUGAGAAAUAAAAACAUAUUGUAUGUGAAAACAGA